AUGAGGAAGAAGACACGGCAAAAGCCUCCUACAGAAAAUAUAGAAACUAAAACCAUGGAUAUUGGCACUUCUGAAUGUUUGCAAUACAACUUUAGUACUCUGAAAGCAGCAACAAAUGAGUUCUCGGAAGACAAUAAACUUGGGAAAGGUGGAUUUGGAGCGGUUUACAAGGGUAAACUUGGGGAUGGACAAGAAAUUGCAGUUAAGCGGCUAGCAAGGGAUUCUGGGCAAGGUGACAUAGAAUUCAAGAAUGAGGUUUUGCUUGUCGCCAAGCUUCAGCAUCGUAAUUUGGUUAGGCUGCUUGGUUUCAGCUUAGAAGGAAGUGAGCGACUUCUCAUUUAUGAGUUCCUACAGAAUGCAAGUCUUGAUCAGUUUAUAUUUGAUCCAACUAAGCAUACAAUACUUGAUUGGGAAAAGCGAUACAAGAUCAUCAAAGGCAUCGCCAAGGGACUUUUAUACCUUCAUGAAGACUCCCGUCUAAGGAUUAUUCAUCGCGAUUUGAAAACCAGUAAUAUUUUGUUAGAUGUUGAAAUGAAUCCUAAAAUUGCAGAUUUUGGCAUGGCCAGAUUGUUUAACCCUGAGGAAACUCAAGGCGACACACAUCGAAUAGUUGGAACCUAUGGUUACAUGGCACCAGAAUAUGCCAUGCAUGGCCAAUUCUCAAUAAAAUCAGAUGUAUUUAGCUUCGGAGUUUUGGUGUUAGAAAUGGUAACAGGUCAAAAGAACCAAUACAUUCGUAAUGGAGAGAGCAUGGAACACCUUCUUAGCUAUGCAUGGAAAAGUUGGCAAAAUGGGACUGUGUCAAACAUUAUAGAUCUCACAUUGACGACUGGAUCCGAUUCAUUGUGCGACAUCACUAGAAUUAUCCAUAUUGCUUUAUUAUGCGUUCAAGAAAAUUCUUGUGACAGGCCAACCAUGGCUGAGGUUGUUCAUAUGCUUAAUAGCUUCUCUCUCGCGCUUGCAAUACCCUCAGAGCCUGCAUUUUUCAUACGUAAUACCAUUCAUCCACAAGUGCCACUCCUGAUUUUUUCCGAAAAUAUUGUCUCCAUAUCUGAGAUAGCUCCUAGAUAG